AUGGAGCUUGAUGUCAGUGUCCUAACCAUAACGGACUGGUACGGAAUAGGGUUGACGGGCUUUCUCGUAUUGCUAGCCCUGCGGCGUGCCAUACGAAUCAUCCUCCGUUGCAUAUGUCCACCAGUCCUCCGUCGCCUGGGAAGAAGAAUCUCCCAAUGGGCGGUGAGGUUUCUGGCGUACAGAGGCCCAUUCCGUCGCGGAAGUAGCGUGGACAUCAUCACCUGGGCUCAUAUUCUCAUAUUUCUCUCUUAUCUUACAUCCAACCUGAGUUGCAUCGUCAUCGGUGCUGGGGACGUGGCAGAAGCCUGCUUCAGAGCGGGCAAGCUUGCAUUCAUUAACCUCAUAGUCUUGUAUAUUGGUCCCUGUCUUGACUUCAUCGCUUCCGUCCUGCGAUUUCGGCUUCGUGUCCAGAGGCGAAUACACGCCGGUGCAGGGUACGUAGUUGCCAUUUUGUCCACUAUCCACGCCGUAGGAGCGUUCUCCAGACACGGAUGGUCUGCCGUAGAUCAGGGGCACAAUCUUUAUGCUACUUUAGCUCUUGCCGGAAUCUACUUCAUCCUCAUACCUAUCAGGACUUUCCCGUCAUGGAUUCCUUAUGAAAUGCUACUGUCCAUUCACUAUCUUGUAGCGGGAUGGUUGGGCUUCGCCAUGUGGCGCCACAUUCCGACCGACUCGCAGUUUUCUCUCAUAUUCCUCUAUGUGGUUGCCGGCAUCUUCCUAGGCUCUCUGGCCUGGCAGGUCGGGGAGACUGUGUAUACGAAUGGUUGGUGGUUCCAGUCGGUGUCCCUCAGUCAGAAUGGUAGCUACGAUUACAUCCAGGUCAGAAUGACGCUGAGAAAGCCAGUCAAGGUCGAGCCUGGGCAAUAUAUUAACUUAUGGAUCCCGUUGGGCCCGCUAUCAGGGCUACAGAGUCACCCGUUCACGGUUGCCAACUGGUCGAUCCGUGCCCAAACAGAACUGAAGGUAUUUGUCGGGGUCAAACGCGGCCUCACCAGCAAGUUACGGGAUGCAGUGAAGCGCGGCCUCAAGUCCAAUAUCGGUCUUUAUAUGGGCCCCUACGGAGCUACAAUCGCCAUGAAAGGAUAUGAAACGAUCCUGUUAGUUGCCACUGGCCUAGGUGUGGUGGCUGUUGCGCCGUAUCUACAGGGGCUAGUCCAUGCGACUCGUGCGCAUGAAAUCCGUAGCACGCCUGAAACCCGUAGCGCGCCCGUACAUCUGAUCUGGCAUAUUCCAUCCUGGAGUAGGUCUCUCCUUCCUUCAUUCUCUUCCUCGGUUGACAGGAGUUGCAGAGCAAUCGCAUGCGGUUUUUGA